UUCCACGGCCGCCAUGAACCCCUCCAAAAAACACCAUGAAGCCAUGACUCUUCCUCCCUCCCCAGCCCAAAUGCCUCUCUUCAUUACUUCCAGCGCUGCUGCCCAGCAACCAACAAUGCUACACGCACCCCUCUCGCCCCUCGCCAACCAUCCAACUCAAUGGUCCCCCCCAUCUACCCGCGAGAGCGACAUGCCUCUCUCCAGUAGUCUGCUUUUCAUCACCGGCACCACUCCAGCCGAUUUCAAAUCCAAGAAGAACAUGACAAGGAUACGGAAAAAAGCCAUGGGCAGUUAUUUGACGAGGGAGAAGAAGCCGGGCGAGGGACGAGCGGAUCAAAAACAACAAACGAGGGAGAUCUUGUCCCUUCCAUGGACAGACAGCGAUAAAGAUGUGCAAACAAACCCCCUGGACCACGAGCUGCCCUCGGAACGGAUCGAGCGACGCGGGACUCUGGCCAGACCGACGACUUCAGCAACAGAUGAUGCUGAGCAUGCGAUAUCACCGUUGACCACAGUAGCAGUAACGAAGCCAGUGGCCAAUUCCGUGGCGGUGUCGCAAAGAGAAUCCCAUCUGCAUCAGAUGGCUCGAGUGCCAACUGAGUUCAUCCUCCCUAGCGCGCCAAUUGUUAUCCCGAUGCGUAGUACGCCCUACUUGAUCUACAACUCUUAUGCCCCUGGCCCAUUCGAAUCCAUAGGCAAACCCUUGGACCCCUUUGCGACCAUCUAUCAGGCGUCAAAUCCCCAGGUAUCGGUCGAAAGUCUCAAGCAUCACUGUACGCGCAGCUUCGGAACUCGAGCCAUGGGAAUUCAUUGGAUCCCCGCCGUAGUCGACAGUCCACACGCCUUCCUGAGUACGCUGUGCAUUGCAUCUGCGCACUUCGAUGCCAUUCAUGGGCAAGCGAUCGAGAGCGUGCAAACUCUCGCGUUACGACAGGAAGUCAUGCACUUGAUCAGCCAAAGCUUGGUGAAUCCGCAAAGCAGAACAAACGACUACAACAUAAUUGCUCUCACGCAACUGAUGGCCAGUGAAAUAGUGGCAAGCCAGGAAAUCGCCUUAUCGUUUCAUGAAGCAGGGAUGGAAGUCAUGAUCAAUCAACGAGGAGGCCUAGAAGAAUUGGGUCUCAAAGGGAGACUUGCUCCUGUAGUGACCUGGGUGAUGUUGGAAUCCUCCGUACUACAGGAAAGAACACCCAUGGCCUCGUAUGCGAAAUAUGCAGCAAAACAUUCCUCCAUAACCCAUCCGAGCACAGCAACAAUUCCUGAAUCGCCGCUUUACUGUCCCAGGGGCGAAUACGAGACACUGAAGAGAUCAGCAUCGGAUGUGACACCGCGCAUGUUGGACCUGCUGAGGGACGUCAGGAUGAUGAUCGAUCUGUUCCUCCACGAAUCCAAGCAAAAGAAGCACAAUUCACUGUCAUUGAAGAACAUUUACAGAAAAAUAAUCGAACAGUACCCCACGGUCGCAGAGCUCCAAAGAACAAGAGCUCUGACGAUAGAGGACUGGAGGUAUGAGGCCAUGCGCAUCACUUCCAUCAUCACAGCAACAGCAAUCAUGCGUAGAGUUCCGCUUUCCGAGGCCCUUCAACUCGCUGCAGAGUUGGAUAUCCUGCAGUUGCAACCCGGACCACUACCUAGCACGGAAAUUCCAAUCUCGCCCUUGAGCAGUCGCCACGACUCCCCAACUACAUCGUACUCGACCGCAAGCUUCAGCCCUACACAUCCCCUGUCAGGUUCUCAUUCAAACCAAUUUUCUCGCCUCCCAUCUGCCUCUCCAGUCACCACCCUCCUUUCGUAUCUCCGAUCAGUACUUGAAGCAAGCAACCUUUCCCAGUGCUGGUCUGGACUGGGUGGCGUUCUACUCUGGAUUGCUCUUACUGUGGGGGCAGCGAGUCGACAAAGCGAUGUGGUGCUCAAGAAAUGGUACAGGGGAUUAGCUGUGAGGAUUUCCAUCGUGCUGUGCUUUGAGCAUCCAGAGGCAAUGCUUGCCACACUGAUAAGGAUAGGUGAGUUGGUAGAAAGGGUGGGAGAUAAUCCCGAUAAUGGUGAUCGCAGCGCCACUGGGGAGAAAUCAGAGGUGGGGAAGAGCAAGGCUGAUGGCCAACAAAGAGGAGCCAAGAGAAGGAGGGCCUGA